GUUGUUUCAAAUGCUGCUGGACAGGGGGUUGCCAUCACUGGGAACAAUACUUUCAACAACUGGAAUUGGCCUAAUGCUGUAAUCUUUGCUGCUACUGUGAUCACUACAAUUGGUUACGGAAAUGUUUCUCCAAAGACACCCUCUGGGCGUCUCUUCUGCAUAUUUUAUGGGCUCUUUGGAGUUCCUCUCUGCUUGACAUGGAUCAGCGCUCUGGGGAAGUUCUUUGGAGGACGUGCCAAGAGGCUGGGCCAGUUUCUGACAAAAAGAGGAGUAAGCCUGAGGAAAGCACAAAUUACAUGCACAGCUAUUUUCAUUGUUUGGGGUGUCUUGGUCCAUCUGGUUAUUCCUCCCUUUGUUUUUAUGGUGACUGAAGGAUGGGAUUACAUUGAAGGCCUCUAUUUCUCAUUCAUCACUAUCACCACCAUAGGAUUUGGAGAUUUCGUUGCUGGUGUGAAUCCAGAUGCAAACUAUCAUGCCCUUUACAGAUAUUUUGUGGAGUUAUGGAUCUAUCUGGGACUAGCUUGGCUUUCACUCUUUGUUAACUGGAAGGUCAGUAUGUUUGUGGAAGUCCACAAAGCUAUCAAGAAACGGAGGAAAAAAAGAAAAGAGUCAUUCGACAACCAUCCUCGGUCUAAAAAACCCCUUCAAAUGGGUACGUCAAAGGAUGUCAAUAUUUUCAGCUUCCUUUCAAAGAAGGAAGAGACAUACAAUGAUCUUAUUAAGCAAAUUGGGAAGAAGGCCCUGAAGACAAACAAUGACAAAAUAAUUAAAGUAGAAAAUGCCAAACAAAACAUGCAGAAUGCCAGUAUAGAUGCCCAGGUAACUUACAAAAAGACAGAGUCAUUUGAGUAUGAUGAGGCUUCUCUGGACAUUCAAAAUGGUCAUGUACUGAGACCCCUGCAUGAUAAGCGUAUGGGAGACAGCCCUCUAGAAGGAACCAUGUUUGUAAACCAGCUAGACAGGAUUAGUGAAGAAGAAGGUGAAGUGUGGGAUUCCAGAGACUAUCGACCCUUGAUAUUUGAGAAUGCUAAUAUAACAUUUGUAAAUGAAGAUGAGGAUGAAGAGGAAGAUAUCUCUGACGAUGAGGAAACGUCAAAAUCCUCUAUGGAUGAUAACCUUGCAGAGGAAUCUGAAACUGCAAAAAAACUGGUAAAAUUCCCAUCCUCUGAUGAAUCUACCUUUACCAAUAACGAGCUGGAACUUUCUGUGCCUUAUGAACAACUGAUGAAUGAAUAUAAUACAGUAAGCAAUGUGAAGGCAGCAACGUGA